AAUAAUAAAAAGAAAAGCGAAAAGAAAAGGUCGGGUUUUUAAGUAAAAACCUGAACCCAGAUAUUGGGGCGACUUUCGUUGAAAUCUGAAAAUUACAGUCUUCAAAUUUAAAUUUAUGAGAAAAGAAAAAACAAAACCACAAUUACGCAAUCGAUCCAUCAUUCAAUUUUCCAAUUCCAAGCCCUAAUUUCUGUCGCCCAAUUCCAAACCCCUCCAAUUACAAUCCCCAAUUCCAAACCCCCUCCCCAAAAUCCCUAACCCCUACAAUUCCCUCCCUCACAGUUGUUUGCUACACCUUUAAUUUUCAUUUCCAUACAUUUCGACGUCAAUGAAGUAGAGAGGGUAUACGCAAAGUUGGCCCACGUGCUUGAUUCAGAAGGCCUGUAAAAGAAUUUCUGGCUUUGUCUCUGCUAUGACGUGGGUUGUCCCAAUCUUGCGAAGAAACUAGCGUUGUAGAUUGGGGCGGCGUGUAUUUAUUCGGUGCUCGAUGCUGGUGGCAGCAUGCAGAUGAUUGUUGGAAGAGAUGCAAAGGUAUCAUGCUGGCAGCUGCGGUAGCGCAGUCAAUAACAUUCCAAAUCCCGGAAUACAAGCUAGGGAUACUUUCCGUGCUGAUCCAUCCACUGUUCCUCCUAACUUUUCACUGAAUUCAAGAAGGUCUGCACGGCCAACACCAUACGAAUUGAGGUGUGAUAAAGAACAAUUAAAUUCACGUCUUGGGCCACCUGACUUCCAACCACCAACUCCAAAUUGCGCCGAGGAGACGGUUAACCGGGAAUAUGUGCAAUCUGGUUACAGAGAGACCGUUGAAGGACUUGAGGAAGCUAGAGAGAUAUCAUUAUCGCAGGUUCAGUUUUUCAAUAAGCCCGUCAUUCUCAAGUGCAAAGAGGCAAUCAGAAGAUGUCACAGAGCUAUUAAUGAGUCUCGUUCCCAAAAACGAAAGGCAGGUCAAGUUUAUGGAGUGCCACUUUCUGGUACAAUAUUGAGCAAGCCUGGUAUCUUCCCUGAGCUAAGACCAUGUGGAGAAGACUACCGGAAGAAAUGGGUCGAGGGUUUAUCUCAACCGCAUAAAAGAUUGCGUUCAUUGGCGGACCAUGUACCACAUGGUUAUAGGAGGAAAUCUCUUUUCGAAGUUUUAAUUAGGAAUAAUGUUCCGCUGUUGAGAGCAACGUGGUUCAUUAAAGUAAAUUAUCUUAAUCAGGUUCCUACGACCUCUUCUAAUUCAUCAUCUGGGUAUCAUGACAAAACUCAAUUUUCACGUUCACAGCAGUGGACGAAAGAUAUCAUCGAGUACUUGCAGUUUCUGUUGGAUGAGUUUAUUGUAAGAAACAAUACUCAUUCAGCUUUGCAUACACGAGACAGAUCGUCACAAAUGGCUUUUGCUGGUUUAAUGCAACAAAAAGGCGAUUCAAAUUCAGCUGUAGUAGAUGGUGAGGAGCCUUCACUGUCCACUAAAUGGUGGUAUGUGGUGAGGAUUAUUCACUGGCAUCAUUCGGAAGGACUGGUUAUUCCUUCUUUGAUUAUUGAUUGGGUUCUUAAUCAGCUUCAGGAAAAGGAAUUGCUCAGUGUUCUCCAGUUGCUAUUGCCUAUUAUAUAUGGUGUCAUAGAAACUGUGGUUUCAUCUCAGACUUAUGUGCGUACUCUGGCGUGGAUCGCUGCUCGAUUCAUCCAAGAGCCUUCUCCGGGUGGUUCUGACCUCGUCGAUAAUUCUCGGCUUGCAUACACUACUGCCGCUGUUGUUGAGAUGCUUCGAUAUCUAAUACUAGCUGUACCCGAUACUUUUAUUGCUUUGGAUUGUUUUCCUUUGCCUAAGAGUGUGAUAAGUCAUGUGGUAAAUGAUGGAAGUUUCUUAUCCAAAGUGGUUGACAAAUCUAGGAAAGUGAAGUAUGGUCAAGUUGAAGUUGCUAGUUUCCCUAGAGAUAGAAAUCAGGAGGUUCAAGCCGAGUCCUCGUCCUUUCGAAGUGUUGUGUCAUCAAUACAAAAACGGGUGGAGACUCUUUCAAGAGCAGCCAAACCUAAUCACCCUGGUCAUAAUGUAGCUAAAGCCUUGCAGGUAUUGGAUCAAGCUCUCAUGCAUGGAGAUAUUGGAGUUUCAUACAACUUGCUUUUGGAAAAUACUUGGAAUGGAGUUUCCGCUGAAUAUUGGGGUGCUGAAGUUAGUCCCUGUUUACGUUCGUCACUGAAGCAUACUGGUACGGUGACAUCAUCAUUGCUUUGCUCUAUCUUUUUCAUCUGUGAGUGGGCAACUUGUGAAUUCAGGGAUUUUCGUACUGCGCCUCCUCAUGGGCUGAAGUUCACUGGUAAAAAAGAUUUCUCUCAGGUGUUUAUAGCGAUGCGGCUUCUGAAACUGAAGUUGAGCAAUAUGUCUAGCUUGUACAGUUCAACCAAGAAAUACAGAGAUAUUUUCAAGAGCCCUAGCCCUUUACAUGAUGUUAUUGUAUGUUGGAUUGAUCAGCAUGAAGUGCAUAAUGGGGAAGGUCUCGUACAACUGCAGCUUCUAAUAAGAGAAUUGAUUCAGUCUAAUAUUUUCAAUCCCCUGGCAUAUUGUAGACAGCUGAUUGUAAGUGGAAUCAUGGACGGGAAUAGGCCUAGGGUUGACUUCGAAAAGCGAAAGAGACACAAGAAACUCUUGAAGCAGUUGCCCGCUUCCUAUAUUCUUGAUGCUCUGAGAGAAGCUCAGAUUGCUGAACCACCAAAUCUUCUGGAGGCAAUGAAUGUUUACUCGAACGAACGCCGGCUGGUGCUCCAUGGACUCUUAGGACACAAACCUACUCCUGGUGUGAAAAAUGUUGCAAAGAAGCAAAAGAAUCAUCAUACGUCUAGAGCAGACAAUGCUUCUCAAUCCUCUGUUGACCAAUUGUACUUCCAGUCAACAUCCAGGCCAUCAACAGAUGUCUGGCUUGAGGAAUUAAAAGUUUCAAUUUCUGUACUAUUACAACUCCCUCACUCUUCAUCGUCGGUAGACCCUGAAGUUGAUGAAUCUCAAGGGAGUGUUAGAAGGCCCGUUGGGGCUUAUAACAGAACAGACGACAGCGAAGAAACAUCUGGAUGUGAAGAAUGCAGAAGGGUGAAGAGGCAAAGAUUAGGUGAAGAAAUCAGUUCACUGCAAUCAGAUCCGUUAGACGACGAAGAGAUAUGGUGGAUAAGAAAAGGGCUGCAAUAUACGGACACUUAUAAAGCAGAACAACCUCCUAAGCCUGCCAAGCAGACUUCAAGGAGUAGGCCAAAAUCUGUCCGUAAAACUCAAAGUCUUGCACAAUUAGCUGCUGCUCGAAUUGAAGGUAGUCAGGGAGCAUCGACAAGCCAUGUAUGUGAAAGUAGGAUAAGAUGCUCACACCAUCGAACUGUUUCUGAUGAUUUCAAAAAUUCAGUUGGUGAGACCAGAAAACCACCCUCUGGAGAUAUUGUUUCAAUUGGGAAACUUCUGAAGAAGAUGCCAUUUGUAGAGAAGAGGAUACUGACUGUAUGGUUGAUAUCUGUUGUAAAACAGCUUAUUGAGGAGGCUGAAAGGACUAAAGUCCCCAAGGUUGGUCAAUAUGGUCGGCCAUUACCUGCGGCAGGUGAUCAAAGUUCCAUGCGCUGGAGGCUUGGAGAAGAUGAAUUGUCAGCAAUUUUAUAUAUGAUGGAUAUUUGUAAUGAAUUUGUUUCGGCAACAAAGUUUCUACUGUGGUUGUUGCCAAAAAUUCCCAACAGUUCUGGUUCUGCCAUCUCCAGCAGGAAUACCAUGAUGCUUCCUAAGAUUGCAGAGAACAAUCUAUGUGAUGUUAGGGAGGCAUUUCUUUUAUCAUCAAUCCACAGUUAUGAAAAUAUAAUUGUUGCAGCCGAUCUUAUCCCUGAAACGUUGUCUGCCACAAUGGGUCGUGCUACCACAUUCUUGGCAUCUAAGGGCAGGAUUUCUGGUUCGCCAGCCUUAGUUUAUGCACGCCACCUUCUGAAAAAGUAUGGUCAUGUAGCUAGUGUUGUUGAAUGGGAAAAGACCUUCAAGUCCACUUCUGAUAAGAGACAUAGUUCUGAAAUUGAAUUUGGGAGAUCUUUAGAAGGGGACUCUGUCUUUAACCUGGGCGUCCCGAAUGGAGUGGAAGAUCUCGAUGACUAUUUUCGUAAAAAGAUAAAUGGUGUUCGAGUUUCUAGAGUUGGUGUGACCAUGAAAGAAAUAGUGCAUAGGCAUGUAGACGAAGCUUUUCAGUCCUUCUACAGCAAAGAUAGAAAACCUUUUGGACCUGGAACAAAUAAAAUUUCUAGCAUGGAGAAGUUGGACACUGGCUAUCAGAUAGCUCACCAAAUUGUGACGGGAUUGAUGGACUGCAUGAGACAAACUGGUGGUGCCGCUCAGGAAGGUGAUCCUUCUUUGGUGUCAUCAGCCAUUGCUGCUAUUGUUUAUAAUAUCGGACAUGUGGUUGCCAAAAUUCCCGAUUUAACUGCUGGCAGUAACCACUUAAACCCCCCUCCAGUUUCUGCAUCAUUCCAUUUUGCUCGACGGAUUUUACGCAUCCAUGUCACUUGCCUGUGUAUAUUAAAGGAAGCACUUGGAGAACGUCAGAGCAGGGUCUUUGAGGUUGCUCUUGCAACAGAAGCUUCCUCUGCUCUCAUGCAAGCUUUUGCCUCUGGAAAGGCAUCCCGUGAUUUUAGUGCAAAUUUACCUAACGAAACUUUAAACCAUCCCGCUAAAGCAGUUGGAAAAUCUGCAAGAAUAGCUGCUGCUGUUUCUGCACUUGUCAUCGGGGCAAUUCUCCAGGGAGUUGCUAGCCUGGACAGAAUGGUUACCUUGUUUCGGUUAAACGAAGGCUUGGAUCUAAUUCAGUUUGCAAGGAGUCUUAAAUCCAAUGCGAAUGGUAAUGCACGCUCUAUGGGGGUUUUAAAAGUGGAUAAUAUGAUUGAAAUCUCUGUCAAUUGGUUUAGGGUGCUUGUGGGGAAUUGCAGAACCGUUUCUGAUGGGUUAAUUGUGGAGCUGUUGGGUGAAGCCUCGAUCGCAGCUCUGUCUAGGAUGCAGCGAAUGCUAUCUCUGGAUUUGGUUUUCCCACCAGCCUCUUCUAUAUUUGCAUUUACGAUAUGGAAGCCCAUUCUAGGUAGCAUUGGAGUACGUGAAGAUUUUGAUCAACUGUCUCCAUUAUUGGCUGUUACUAUAGGUGAUGCCAUAAAGCACAUACCUUUUCGUGAUAUAUGUUUUCGGGACACUAAUGCUUUAUAUGACCUCAUAGCUAAAGAUUCUCUUGAUUCUGAAUUUGCAUCUUUGCUGCAAUCCAAUGGCUCGGUCAGCAAUGUGAAAGCUGCUGCAUUGGUCCCUCUACGGUCCAGGAAUUUUCUUGAUGCCCUUAUAGAUUGUAAAUUGUCUGAACCUGUAGUUAAAAUCGAUGGUGGAAAUCGGAUUUCUAGUCAAACUGAGUUGAAAAGGCAAUGUGUAGAAAACGUGAAAAGAACCAUGGGUAAGCUUGUACAUGUUUUGGAUACACUGCAGCCUGCAAAAUUUCAUUGGCAGUGGGUCGAGCUCAGACUCCUCCUAAACGAGCAAGCUGUUAGUGAAAAGAUGAUGGAGAAUGAUGUCUCCUUGAGUGAUGCUAUAAGAUAUCUCUCCCCUCACUCCGAUGAAAGUAUUGCUUCCGAAAACGAGAGUUAUUUGGUUCAAAUUAUUCUCACAAGGUUAUUGGUCAGGCCUGAUGCUGCUCCCUUAUUCUCCGAAGCCGUACAUCUAUUGGGAAAAUCAGUCGAGGAUUCGAUGCUAACACAAGUAAAAUGGCUACUGAGAGGUGCAGAAGUUCUUUACGGCAAGAAAUCAAUUUGGCAGAAGGUUAUGAAUAUUGCAGCUGAGCUCAAAGAGCUGACUCUGAAGCCCCGAUACUGGAAGCCAUGGGGAUGGGCCCACGAAGAUAAAAACACAGCAGCUAAAAAGGGAUACAAACGGAAAUUCGAAGCUAGCACCAUUGAAGAAGGUGAAGUUGUUGAGGAAGGAGCUGACUUUCUUGAUGUUGAAGGUUUUAUUGUCAGUAAGCAGCAUUUGACCGAGAGAGCUCUUGUUGAGCUGAUACUUCCGUGUUUGGAUCAAGGUUCCGAUGAACUGCGUAGUAGUUUUGCAAGUGAAAUGAUUAAGCAGAUGAGCAAUAUUGAGCAACAAAUUAAUGCAGUUACUCGUGGAGCUGGCAAGGCUGCAGUUACCGUGAUUGGAAGCCCUGUCAAUAAAAGUGGGGCCCGCAAGGGCGGGAAAAGCGGUAGUCCCGGGUUAGUAUCCAGGCAAUCAACUGGAUUGGCUGAUGCUGUACCACCUUUUCCUGCAGCAUUGCGUGCCUCCAUGACUUUGAGAUUGCAGUUCUUGCUCAGAUUGCUCCCCGUCGUUUGUGCAGACAGGGAGACCUCAGGCCGUAAUAUGAGAUACGCUCUUGCUUCAGUAAUUUUACGUCUCCUUGGGAGUAGGGUUGUGCAUGAAGAUGCCUCUCAUUUUCUUAAUCCUGCACUGAUUUCAUUGAAGAGAGAGAUCAAUUCUCUUACCGAUACUUCUCAUUCUGCUUCACUCGAUUGCUCGGAAAGUCUAUUUGAUUGUUUAUUGUUGGUGCUGCACGUCUUGCUGAGCUGUCACCAGCCAAGCUGGUUGAAGACGAAAUCUGAACCCAAAUCUACCGAAUAUGCCAUUUUUGACCGCGAAGUGGCAGAAAGUCUGCAGAAUGAAUUGGAUCGCAUGGAAUUACCCGAGACAAUACGGUGGCGAAUCCAAACUGCAAUGCCGAUUCCUAUUCCGUCUAUUCGAUGUACAACUUCUUGCCAGCCGCCUUCACUAUCUCCUACUGUUCUUGCUUGUCUUCAUCUCAGCCAUCCAAUAGCCUCGUUAGAUCCUAGCCAUUCGAAUCAACCGCAAAGCAAUCCAACGGACCAAUGGACCCUUUUGGAAGAUGGAGCCGGGUCGGGUCAACCUUCGCCCAAAUCAAUUGGAAUCAACGGCCCAGAUCAUCCGAAUUUGAAGGCGUCCAAUUUGCUCAAGGGUGCUGUGAGAGUGAGGAGAAAAGACCUUACGUAUAUUGGUUCAAUAGACGAAGAAAAUUGAUAAUUCAACCCUAAACAAAAUACCCUUUUUUCUUUUAAUCUUUUUUUUUUCUUUUUUUCUUUGGGUGAGAAGAGUACACUGGGUAUAUCGAUCGAUCACCGUUUAUUGACGUACAGAAAAAACGCACACAUCCAUGUUGGCAUGUGUGAGUAGAUGAAUCGUAGAUGAAUUGACCUUUGUGGCGAGGAGGCUGCCUUUUCUGAAUCAUUCUUUUACCGAAAGCCGGGCCCCCCAUUACUAACCCCUUUGAUCGUUUCUAGAUUAUGGUUGGUCCGAUUCAUAGUUUGUCGUUGUAUAUGUAUAGAUAUGUAUUUAUGUAUGUAUUCCUUUGUGCUGAGUUGACAUAUAUAUAUAUAUAUCAGAAAUGGGGGUUUAUUUGUAGCUUCUUCUAUGCUCAGCAAAUAUUUUUGGUACAAAUUAUGUAAAUUUAUGAUAUGUGCCAAUUUUAUUUGGUCCACCUUAUAAUCCAAUCAAUUCCUUU